ACCUUUCCUCGCCUCCUGAAGGAACCAGUUGCAGGCCGUACGGGGUCCAAAUCUUCAAUCUGACUGCAUUUCCCUUUCCCCCCUGGCCUAUCGCUGCCAACCUCGCCUUUUUGCCCCGCCACGCCGCACUGCGACCUCAAGACCCCACGGCAUCCGAUGCUCAUCAUUCGUUACGCCAGUCGCCAGUCGCCAUCGCCAGUCGCCAGUCUCCAGUCAGCCACUUGUCGGCUGGCCGAGCGUUGAUAAGUUUAGACCCUCUGAUCCUCGAAUAGUGGUGGAUCUGUUUCUGUUGACCCGUCAUUCAGUUGUCAAGGUCGUCCAGCGAUCAGGGUGCUCCUGAUGCUGGUCCUGUACCGUGUUCUCGACCUCUCAAUAGCUUAGCGGACCUUACUACAUCAAGCAUGGACCAAGAAACAGCAGCUGCACCUUAGUUCCUGCUGCUACUGCUUUGUUUCUGCUGUUUCUGCUGGUGCCGCCUAGUGUACAGGAGUGCAGCCUCACUCGCCUGUUCGCGUAGGCUGUCUCAGAACCCUAGUCGGCUUCCUCCGCCUGCUCAUACUCCCCCCUGUUACCCGUUUUGUAACUUCCGGAGCAGUACGCGAAAGGAGCCGCCGUAGGUUUCUCGCCCUCGCUGUUUCCUUAGCGAACAGAGCAGUAGCGCGGAGAGAGCAGUCGCGACUUACAUCCUCGUGCGGUACCGCCAGUACUCUGCAGUGUUUACCGUUUCCUGCAGCGUCAGCAGCAUUAGCAGUAGUGUCGGCAGCUGCGGCACCAGCAGCAUCAGCAACAUCAGCGACAACAGCGGCAGCAGCGGCAGCGGCGGCAGCGGCGGCAGCGGCGGCAGCGGCGGCAGCGGCGGCAGCGGCGGCAGCGGCGGCAGCGGCGGCAGCAGCGGCAUCAGCGGUAGCAGCGGCAUCAGCGGUAGCAGCGGCAUCAGCGGUAGCAGCGGCAUCAGCAUCUGUCCAAAAACCAUAUCUACCCCAUUCCCUCUUGUAGCGACGAGUCCGUCUACUGACACGUCACCACGGGCAGCACUGGCCGACGGAAUCCGUCCAAAUGAACUACCCUUGGCUGGAGCCGUUAAUAGGUGGCGGCGCGUUCACAGACACGCCGUGCCCAGAUGACUUCAUUCCCCAGAUGCGCGCUCUAGAUCCGCUACAUCCUCUAGAUCCUCAAGAAUCAAAUCCGAAUCCGAUCCACCACCCAUCGCACCCCCAAUCCUCCGCCGACUUCCGCGCGCUUCAAGAGUCAAUUCUUGAAACACCUCAAAAAGCUUUCCGCAUGCUGCAGGAGUCCGCUUCCGCCACAACCUCCGCCUCCUCCGCAGCUCCCCCACCUGCCGCUACCCCGCCUCCCCCGCGCAUGGCCACUGUGCGCCAAGGUUCAUCCGCCCCCCCGCCGGCAGCGCCGGCGCUGGGGGUUCUGCAGAGCUCCGUUGCUCCCGCGCAGCCGCCCAGCGCGCCGAUCAUCGAUGCGCCCCCUCCGCUGCCGCCCAACGCGCCUCCGCCUAUCCCCGCGCAGCCGCCGCCAGUGGUGGUGACGAAACCGCCGAGUUUCAAGCGGAAGCCGCCGGUGCAGCCGCCGCCGGCGUCUCGCGGCAAGCCGCCAGCGCCAGUGUUGCAAACUCCGCCCGCGCCGCCACCACUCGCGCCCCCCAUAGAUGCGCCUCCCCCCGUUCUGCCCGAUCCCCCCCCGCCAAUGGUCGAUAUUCAGCCUGCGCCCCCGCCUGAGAUUCUCUUCCCCCCUCCUGUGUUUCCCCCGCCAAAACCAAAGUCACCUCCCCCCAAGCUGCUGGCGCGUCCGCCGCCAAAGCCGCCAACCCCGCCCCCGCCAGCCCCUAUUCCUCCCCCGAAAAAACCUCCUCCGCGUCCCCCUAAACUCGUUAAGCGACCUCCCCCGCCCCUUAUAACGGAACCUCCCGCCACGGCUCCAGUAGAACCCCCCGCGGCACCUCCCGUUCCGCCUCCCGCGGAACCACCCGCGGAACCACCCGCAGAACCACCCGCGGAACCACCUGCGGAGCCACCAGCGUUACACCCAGCUCCUCCGCCAGCCCCUCCCCCAGCCGAAACCCCCGUUCCCGCGCCUGCACCUCCGCCAGUCGUUGAUCCUCCGCCUAAGCCUGCGCCCGCGCCUUCCCCAAUCGCCGCUCCUCCCCCACCCGCCAAGGCACCGGUUUCCGCGCGCCCGCCCAGGCCAAAGUUGCGCGUCCCGCCGCCGCCACGGCCUCCCCCGCGGGCGGAAGCUCCCGCCCCCGCGCCUAUUUUCAUCCCGACACCGUCCCCUCACUCCCCCCCUUACAUAGACAUGCCGUCCCCGCCAGUCAGCUACAUGUCUCCGCCACCCCCGCAAGCUACAGCGCCCGCACCUGCGCCGGAAGCGGGCGUGAGCGCGGCGGUAGUGGCGGGCGCGGUGGCGGGGGGGGCGCUGCUGCUGGUGACGCUGGUGGUUGGGCUGCUGUGCUUGUUCUAUUUUGCAGUUAAUCGGCGCGAGGAGGAGGAAGAGGGCUACCCGCGGGGCAGCACGACCGACUUCUAUGCGCUGAAAGGCAACGGAAUGUAUGCGGAGAGCUUCUACACCACAGCGUCAGGGGGCCAGGGGGGGUCGGGUUACCCCAUGUUACCGCCGCCCAACCCCUACGCCGUCGUGCCCAUGGGUGGUUCCCACAUGAUGCUCCCCCCAGACGACUCCUCCGGUGGCUCCGCCGCCGCCGCCGCUGCUGCUGGAAUGGCGAUGGGGAUGGGGAUGGGAGCCGCAGGAGCCGCCGCGGUUGGCGCUGGCAGCAGCAGCCAGGGGAACAACCAGAACCAGAACCACAUGCAGUCCCAGUCUUGGUUCUCCUAUGAGGAGCUAGAGCAGGCCACAGGGGGGUUCGCCCGGACGAAUCUUCUAGGAGAGGGAGGGUUCGGGAAGGUGUACAAAGGGGUGAUAAGGGAUGGGAAGGAGGUUGCGGUGAAGGUGCUGACGAUCGGGGGCGGGCAAGGGGAGAAGGAGUUCAGGGCGGAGGUGGAGAUAAUUAGUCGGGUGCAUCAUCGGUAUCUGGUGACCCUGCUGGGGUACUGCAUUGGGGGCGAUCAGCGGCUGCUGGUGUAUGAGUUCGUGCCCAAUGGGACGCUGGACGACGCGUUACAUGGCAAGAACGUGCCAGUGAUGAGCUGGGCUUUAAGAAUGAAGGUGGCAAUCGGGGCGGCUAAGGGGCUGGCGUACCUGCAUGAGGAUUGCCAUCCGCGCAUCAUCCAUCGCGACAUCAAGUCGUCCAACAUCCUGCUGGACCAGCAGUACGAGGCACAGGUUGCGGACUUUGGAUUGGCCAAGCUGGCAACUGAAGGAGCCACUCACGUGUCGACACGUGUCAUGGGAACAUUCGGCUACCUCGCCCCAGAGUACGCCAUGAGUGGCAAGCUCACAGACAAGUCGGAUGUCUUUUCGUUUGGAGUGGUGCUCCUGGAGCUGAUAACGGGGCGCAAGCCGGUGGACACAACACAGCCCCCUGGAAAAGAGAGCCUGGUGGAAUGGUCCCGCCCUCUGCUCGCCAGCAACCAGAUAGACAUGCUUGCGGACGCCAAGCUAGAGGGGCGGUAUGACGAGGAGGAGAUGGAGCGGGCCAUUGCCACUGCUGCUCUCUGCGUGCGGCACUCAGCUAAUUUGAGACCCAAGAUGGGACAGGUGGUUCGCCUAUUGGAGGGCAGUGGCAGCAUGAACGAUAUGAAGUCGGCGUCAGCGCCCGGCCAGAGCACCAUGUUCAACGACCAUCCCUUUGGCGGGCCCACUCAGGACUUCGACUCGGCCAUGUACUCCGCUGAGAUGCGCCAGCAGUACAUGAUGCCACAUCAGCAGUCGCUGACUCAGCAGCAGUCAUCGAUGACGCAUCAGCAAUCAUUCAAUCAGCAGUCAUUUGAGCACCAGCAGCAGUAUGGGGCAGCAAGUGGGUACGGUACAGACAGUGGGUUCGAAGGUGGUGGUUAUGCUGGAGGUUCGGCAGUUGCAGGAGGUUCAGCUGUCGGAGGUUCGGCAGUGGGAGGCUCGGCAAGUGGGAGGGGGUUUGUGCCUGGAAGCAGCCGCUUUGUUGGUCAGCCAUUGGAAACGAUCCCCUCCAACCCCAACAGCGCCGAGUUCACAGACACAAGCAGAGAGCAAUUUUGAGGCGCCUCAAGGGGCGCGGGGCGCGGGGGGGAGCAGUUUUGAGGCGCCUCAAGGGGAGUGGGGGAAGUGGGGCGGGGGGGGGGGGUGUUGGUGAAAUGAGGAUAUCUGGGGAUUAUGGAUUUGUGUGGGGCAGAGGCAGGGGAGCAGCACAGAUCAGAGCAGAUACGAGCAGAGCAUGCUGGAGAUCAUGGUCUGGUGUUAGUAUGACUCGGUAGGCACCAGCAUUUCUUGAGCGGACGGACUAAGUGAACGUGAGCUGAGUCUGGGAGGCACCAUCGGUGGUAUUGGGAGGGACUCCAUCGACACGAGACAGCCUGAAUGUGGACGUGUGGGGGGUUUGUCUUGGUCGUGUGUUGGCUUUCUGUACUUCCGGUCUUGUGGAACAGUUCUGAGGGAGAUGGACGCGAGGGAAGUCCUAUGAUAUGUGACCAGCAGUAAUUUAUUCGUUUGUGAUAGAAUCGUGAUUAGGUCACUGGGCCGUUGUUUGUGAAAAGCGUGUUCCAAAUUGUUCAGAGAUCCAACAUGAGUAAGGUGGUAGCACUAACCCGUUCUAGCAAAGUUUUGAAGAGUAC